CUGUCAAUAUCAACAUGUUUUUAGGUUAUCGUAAAUAAACGUCAAAAGGCUUCAAAAUAUUCAUGUUUUCAUAACUAAUUUCUACAGUUCAGACGUUCAGAGCGAAACCAGUAACAUGUAAUUUUUCAAAGCCGCCUAAAAUACUUAUUAUUUUAAGGACUAACAUAGAUUUAACUUGAUUCCAACGUAGCAAUUAACAUUAUAUCAGCAUGUCUUCAAUAUAUGGGUACAGCAAAGAAGCUAUUAGGAUAAAAGUUAAGAAAUGUGACGCAGGUCAGCCACCAGAAUCUAGAAAAUUUAGCGUAGAUCCGCAAAUCACCUCUUUUGAAGUGUUACAUAGCAUUCUAGUAAAAGCCUUCGAUUUGAAAAAUGAUUUCUCAAUAUGCUAUAAAGUACACGACGCAAACGGGUAUGAAACCAGCUUGCCUUUACUGUCCGACUGGGACCUAGAUGCUGCAUUUCUCAAAGCUCACAAUAUGUCUAUCAUUCUGAACUCUGAACCAUGUUUAUGUCUACAAAUUGAAUUAAGGCCUAUCGAAGAAUGCCAUGAUGAGAGCAACAUAAAAAGAAAUUUUCCAUUUAUAACACAAAUUAGAGGCUCAGGAAAUCAAGAAUCUAGACCUGCUAGAUUGCACGGAAUCAUCAACCAAGUUGGAAAAACAUUCAAUAUGGUUCAGAGGGCCUUCAAUUUUGGUGAAGACGACACAACUUUGCUACAACAGCCCCCCAGACCUCCUUUAUCUGACAUUGAAUUUAGAAAAUUCCUGGAUCCUGUAGGUCAAAUUAUAUUUGCAAAGGAGUUGAGGUCCGUCAUUUACUAUGGUGGAAUAGAUCCUAGUUUAAGGAAGGUAGUAUGGAAGCAUCUCCUCAAUGUCUAUCCAGAUGGCAUGACAGGCAAGGAACGCAUGGAUUACAUCAAAAAGAAAGCCCUGGAGUACACGAAUCUUAGAGAGACAUGGAAAGCAGCGAUUUCCAAAGGCUCUGUAACAGGAGAGUUAGCUUACACCACGGGAAUGGUGAGGAAAGAUGUACUAAGGACAGACAGACACCAUCCGUUCUACGCUGGUAGCGAUGACAAUCAAAAUGUGGCUUCUCUUUUCAAUAUCCUCACCACUUAUGCUUUAAAUCAUCCGAAAGUUAGUUAUUGCCAAGGGAUGAGCGACUUAGCAUCACCGCUUCUGGUCACUAUGAACGACGAGGCGCAUGCGUACGUAUGUUUUUGCGCGUUGAUGAACCGGCUAGCCAGCAAUUUUAUGAUCGACGGGAUCGCAAUGACGCAGAAGUUUACGCAUUUAGCCGAGGGACUUAUGUAUUACGAUACGGAGUUUUACAAUUAUUUGAGGAUGCAUGAGGCGGACGAUUUGCUGUUCUGUUACCGGUGGCUUCUUCUAGAAAUGAAGCGAGAGUUUGCCUUUGAAGAUUCAUUGCGAAUGCUGGAGGUGCUGUGGAGUUCCCUGCCGGCCGACCCUCCCGACAAAGAGCUGCGCCUGUUCGACGUCCCUUUCAAACCGCCUCCAUCCCCCGCGACGCCGCCUCCAUUAUCGACCUCCCCUAUCGUGCGCACGCAGCGCGAGACAGCCUACACGAAAAUAUGCGCGUUGAGAAGGCAGAGUUCCUCGAUUUCGCUCAACAGUUACCAGCAGAGGAAGAGCGCCGAACAAGGCGCUUGGCGGCAGAUCCACAGUCUGGACGAUUCGAUGAGCAAGUCGAAAACGUUGCCGGGAAUCAAGCUGAAGCAUUCGAGCUUGGAUGACGCCGUGCUGAACGAGAGCAAGGAGGACAAAUCAUCAAACAAUCCCGAUCAACAAACCAGAACCGCUCCGAAACACAAACCCGGUUCGCCCUUAGAGAAAACCGCAGAGUCGCAAAACAACAGGGUGAAUUUGUUACAUGCGACUAGAAGAAACGGUAGAUUGUCGGCCAGUCUUACGAACCUCUUGAAAACCACCAAGAGCGGCCAUUUUAAGGAACUCAGGGAGAGGAUAGCCGCAAGCAAACUGUCGUCUUCUUUGAAUCAGUUGGAUACGCCUCAGAUUAUCGAGGAGGAAAAACCUGCGGGGAAGAAGAUAAAGAAUUUGAACGAGUUCCUUAACUUCGGAAGUAUCAGAUUCCGCCAAGUAGAAGACAGAAUCGGCAACAACACCAGAUCCAACACGCGUUCCACCUUGUACUCGGACAGAUCCAGGAUAAGCAGCAACAGCGACAGCAAAUUUUCUCUAAACAGCUACGACGACACCACGUUGGACGAAAGCAGUCCGGAAGAUUCUCAAGACCAAACCUCGUUUGCUGCAAGCAUUACGAACGAGUUGAAACUCCAGUUGGAAAACCUCGACAGGAAAGUGUUCGGUGAUAAGUACGUGGAGAACGAAAAGUUAUGCAGGAGUGCCGAGAUUAGCAGGGAUGAGGUUUUCGUUUGGGAGAAUCCGCUGUUACCUAAGGAUACCUCCAAAACGCCUGACGAGGUGUUCGGCUCCUUCACCAAAGAACAGACCAAAGAUAUCCAGGGGGAGGUUGGACUUCCUAUCACCAAUGCAGGGCCUUCCCCGCUACCGAACGCAACCUUGUCAUCCGCGACGCCGGCGACGUCUACCGCUCACAUGACGAACUCGUGCGAAGAAGUGACCGAAGCCAUCAAAACGUCAAGUCAACUGCCGUCUCCAAACGAAUUCGGCGGCGGCAACCCUUUUCUAAUGUUCCUCUGCAUCACGCUCCUGAUGCAACAUCGCGAUCAUAUCAUCGGCAAAGGCAUGGACUACAACGAGAUGGCCAUGCAUUUCGACAAGAUGGUCAGGAAGCAUAACGUCGUUAGGGUUUUAAACCAAGCUAGGCAGAUGUAUGCUAGGUACAUUAAGCAACAUACGGCGGUUCAUCAAAAAGAAGAAAAUAGAAUUCAGGACUGUUAGUAGCAGUGGAAUUUUCAUUAUGUUACUGUGAUAUAUUCGACUUUUGUUAUUGUUUUUUUAUUAUUCGAAAUAUAUAGGAUAAUUUUACGGCGCACCUAUGUUUUAUUUUCCAAAAUAAAUAUCUAAACAAUCACUAUCCCAAUUGCUAAUUUACGAAUAUAAG